UCUCUCUCUUCAUAUCUUUCUACUUUAAUUAUCUUCUUCCUUUCUUCAGCAAAACUUUUUAUUUUAUUUUUUCUGGUUGAAGUUUUUGUUUUAUUUCUUUAGCAAGAAGCGAGACUGGCCUUAUCUAGAAACUCGUCCAUGGAAUCUCCAGCAAGCAAAUCCUCCACCGUGAAGAAGGUAGAAUUUCCGCCUCGUCGGGGAAGAGUGAAGAGAGAGAUCUUCGGCGUUUUGGCCAGUUCCAUCGUUUCCGCCGCCGUGAGGGCCGGUGGAGUGUUCGGGAAGAACGCUGAAGGUGACGGUGGUGUCUCUUCUUCCGCCACCGCCACUCCUCCGAGCGGAUACACCUCCGACCAGAACAGCGAAACCACUUAAAGCAAGAAAACAUAUAAAGAUAUAAUUACGAAGGUGCCACUGGUUUAUUUAACCACCAUGGCAUGACACUACUAUGCGGUUCUGUUCGUUUUUUUAAAACAGAACGCUGCUUUCUCCAGAUCCGGUUCGGUUUAAUUUGUUUUGUGGUUUGUUUUAAUUUGGUGUGGUCGUCCGGUUUAACUUCGGUUUUUGGUGGGUUAAACUGGGUAUACGUUUAUGGGUGUGGUUAAUUUGCUUUGUUAAACAAAAAUAUCUCCCUAAUCUGUUGUUUCUACGUGUUUUUUUAAGUGGAGUAAUGAUGUCCUCUGGGAGAUAUUUUUGUUUUGUUUGUUUUUGGUUUGUUUUGGUUUGAUCACCUUGUAUUAGUUUGCUUUUUUUUAAUCUCUCUGUGUAUUCUAAAUGCAAUGUAUAAUUAAGCGUGU